CACAAACAGGCUGCUUUGUAUUGCAAUACAAAGCAGCUUAUGUUUUCCCUAGUAAAACACACAGCACACUUAGUAAAACAGCACACAGUUAACCCUUUGAUUUCCCCAGAUGUUAACUACCCCUUCCUGCUCAGUGUCAGUCAGUGUUUUUUUAUUAGCCACUGAUCACUGUAUUAGUGUCACUGGGAUGUCAGUGACAGUUAGUCAGUGCCCCCCCGUGUCAGAAUGCCCCGCCGAAGUCCCGCUAUAAGUCACUGAUUGCCGCCAUUACUAGUAUCAAAAACAAUUCCAGUAUAUACACUGCCA